AUGGCAUCUAAUUUUCAAUCAUCCAUUCAAAGGGACUUCAUUCAUGAUUUUUCCUGCUCUCCGUGUGGAGAGAACGGAUUUAACACAGAAGCUCACCAUUAUUGUUCUCAAUGCACAGAAUAUUACUGCCAAAACUGUGUUUCAAAACAUAACGGAUUAUAUCAGAAGCACGCAGUGCUCGGACGGAAGGACGUGAAUAAAUGGGAGGCAGCCCCAGGGGUGGUGGACGCCCUGGAGAGUUGCGGUAUGCACCACGGGGAGGCGCUGCAGCUGGUAUGUGGUGACCAUGACCAACUGUGCUGUCAUGUGUGCAUUGCUGUGGACCACAGACAAUGUUCCAAAAUCCAUCCCAUUCCAGAUGUAGCAAAAGGUAUUAAGAGAAAUAUUGAGUUUCAACGAAUUCCAAACAAAAUAGCUAAACUUGAAAAGCAAUUCGAGCUGAUGAAAGAAGCAAGAAUGAAGAAUACGACACCUCUGAAAAAGACGCGGGCAGCCAUUUCUGAUGAAUUAAAAACCAUACGGAAAAUGAUCAACGAAAUCCUUGACAAGAUUGAGAAGACGACUUUACAGGAUUUGGACGGAAUGAUAGCUAAACUUGAAAAAAAUAUAAAUAAAGAUAUCGAAACUUGUAAUGGAAUGACUGUCGAGCUGCAAAACAUGAUUACCGCUUUUCAAACCAAAACAAAAUCAAGCGAGUCAAAAUCAUAUAUUGCGUACAGAAAGAGCCAGAAUAUGAUUUCACAAGCAAACGAUCAUCUUCGUGACAUAUCAGUCAUUGAGUGUUACAAUGUAACAUUUCAAGCCAAUAACCUUAUCGAAGAACUAUUAUCUUCAAUAAAGACGUUUGGAGCGAUUGAAGUACAAACUGGUAUGACCAAACAGCGAAAAGAUCCCCUUUCCGAUCCAAACCACGUCUUCAGUGUUGCAGAGUACAAGAAAUACAACGUGAAGAUGAGUGACGACAAAUGUCAAUGUGUUAUCCAAGGCGUAUGUGAAAUACCUUGUGGAGAGUUUGUCAUAACAGACACGGGUAAUUGUAAAGUAAAGCUCCUGGACAAGGAGUACAGGGUGCUCGACCACUGGGAUGUCCCUGGGAAUCCAUGGGACGUUUGCCACAUUGGUGGAAAUGAAGUGGCGGUUUGUGUUUGCAGUAAGUAUGCUGAUAAAGAAGGACUGUAUUUUAUUAAUUCAACGAAAGGGAAACUCGUAUCUACGAGGAAAUUCACUUUCAGUCAUAGAUGUAUUGGCGCAGCUCAUCAUGGUGGCCAGCUUUACAUCUCCUCCGGUACCACCCUGAACGUCUAUACGAUAACGGGACAGAAGGUGCUGCACCAGGGCAAGGUUAACGGUACGACUGUCGAGAAAUGUGCCAUCAGUAACGACGGAAAGACAAUCUACAUUACAAACUACGAUGAACAUAAACUGAUCACCCUGGACAACAACGGCAACAAGCUGGCUUUACUCACUGACCCUGACAUGGAAAAACCCACCGGAGUACACGUGACACCUGCUGGACACGUGUUCGUCUGCAGCUAUAACUCCGGUACAGUGCUGCAGGUUGACAAAGACGGGAAGAAGAAGUUAGCCACUCUGGCAAGGGAAGAAAACGGAAUGAACGGACUGAGUGAUUUAUUUUUCAGCAGCCGCACUUCUUCCCUGAUCAUUGGUAGACAGAAAGACACACUUCUUGCUAUCAAGUUAAUUUAA